ACCUCUCGCUACUCCAGGAGGACCUGCAGGAGGACGCGGACGGAUUUGGUGUGGAUGACUACAGCUCAGAGUCUGAUGUGAUUAUUAUACCUUCAGCCCUGGACUUUGUCUCACAAGAUGAAAUGUUGACGCCACUGGGGAAACUGGACAAGUAUGCUGCAAGUGAGAACGUGUUUAACAGACAAAUGGUGGCCCGGAGUUUGCUGGAUACAUUGAGGGAAGUCUGCGAUGAUGAAAGAGAUUGUAUUGCUGUUUUGGAAAGAAUUAGCAGAUUAGCUGACGACUCAGAACCGACUGUGAGAGCAGAGCUGAUGGAACAGGUGCCUCACAUUGCAUUGUUUUGUCAAGAAAACCGCCCUUCAAUACCAUACGCUUUUUCCAAGUACUUACUACCCAUUGUGGUUAGAUACCUUGCAGAUCAAAAUAACCAGGUGAGGAAGACAAGUCAGGCAGCUUUGCUGGCCCUGCUGGAGCAGGAGCUAAUUGAACGAUUUGAUGUGGAGACCAAGGUGUGCCCUGUCCUCAUAGAGCUUACUGCCCCAGAUAGCAACGAUGAUGUGAAAACAGAAGCCGUGGCCAUAAUGUGCAAAAUGGCUCCCAUGGUUGGGAGAGACAUUACGGAGCGCCUUAUCCUCCCGAGGUUUUGUGAGAUGUGCUGUGAUUGCAGAAUGUUUCAUGUUCGAAAGGUCUGUGCUGCCAAUUUUGGAGAUAUUUGCAGUGUAGUUGGCCAGCAAGCCACUGAGGAAAUGCUGCUGCCCAGGUUUUUCCAGCUUUGUUCUGAUAAUGUGUGGGGAGUCCGAAAGGCUUGUGCUGAGUGUUUCAUGGCGGUUUCCUGUGCAACAUGUCAAGAGAUUCGGAGGACUAAGCUAUCAGCACUAUUUAUUAAUUUGAUCAGUGAUCCUUCACGUUGGGUUCGCCAAGCAGCAUUUCAGUCUCUGGGACCCUUCAUUUCCACUUUCGCUAAUCCGUCUAGCUCAGGCCAGUAUUUCAAAGAAGAAAGCAAAAGUUCAGAGGAUAUCUCAGUAGAAGACAAAACUAGGAUCAGAGAUCAAGAGGUCCCAGAGGAUGUGCACCUCAGGCCGGAGGACGUCCCUUCAGAUCUCAGAGUCACUACCUGCAGUGUCGGCCUGGAACACACAGCAGAGGAGCCUGCUGCGGAGAUAUGUAGGAACUCUCCAGGUGAACUGAGUGUUCCAGUGGACAGCUCGGAGCUUUGUGCUUUGUCCUCAGCAUCUCAUCAGGAAGCAGCCAGUAGUGAGAGGGAUAAAAAUCCUGGUAACUACAAAUCUGCAUUUCGACCAGAGGUUGGCAGCAGCUCGCAGGAUUCAGCCGUCUUAGAUCAGGAACUGUACAACUCUUUCUAUUUCUGGAGGACUCCUCUUCCUGAGAUAGACCUAGAUGUGGAGCUUGAACAGGACAUUGGGAAAAACCUCAGCCCAGAGAGACCAGAAGCAGCAUCUGAAAUCCCCAGGCCAGGUUCUCCAAACAUUACCAUGGCCACCAGAAAGGAACUUGAAGAAAUGAUAGAAAAUCUCGAGCCCCAUAUUGAUGACCCCGAUGUUAAAGCCCAGGUGGAGGUGCUGUCCGCUGCACUGCGUGCAUCCAGUCUGGAUGCCCAUGAGGAGGCCGUCGGCAUAGAGAAGAGAAGUGACCUGGAAGAUGAUCUGGGUAUAAAUGAGCUACCAAACUGUAAAAUAAGCCAGGAUGAUUCUGUGCCUUUAAUCAGCGAUGCUGUUGAGAAUAUGGACUCCUCCCUUCACUAUAUCCAUAACGAUUCAGACUUGAGCACCAACAGCAGCUUCAGCCCUGAAGAGGAAAGGAAGUCCAAAAUCCAGGAUGUUGUACCCCAGGCUUUGUUAGAUCAGUAUUUAUCCAUGACUGAUCCCUCUCGUGCACAGACGGUUGACACUGAAAUCGCUAAGCACUGUGCUUACAGCCUGCCAGGUGUGGCCCUGACGCUGGGCAGGCAGAACUGGCACUGCCUGAGAGAGACCUACGAGACCCUGGCGUCCGACAUGCAGUGGAAAGUUCGAAGAACAUUAGCAUUCUCCAUCCACGAGCUUGCUGUUAUUCUUGGAGACCAGUUGACAGCUGCAGAUCUGGUUCCAAUUUUUAAUGGAUUUUUAAAAGACCUUGAUGAAGUCAGGAUAGGUGUCCUUAAACAUUUGCAUGAUUUUCUGAAGCUUCUUCAUAUUGACAAGAGAAGAGAAUAUCUCUAUCAACUUCAGGAGUUUUUGGUGACGGAUAAUAGCAGAAAUUGGCGCUUUCGAGCGGAAUUGGCUGAACAGCUGAUCUUGCUUCUAGAAUUGUACAGCCCCCGGGACGUUUAUGACUAUUUGCGCCCCAUUGCUCUGAAUCUGUGUGCAGACAAAGUGUCUUCUGUUCGCUGGAUCUCCUACAAGUUGGUCAGCGAGAUGGUGAAGAAGCUGCACAUGGCCACGCCCCCGACGUUCGGGGUGGACCUCAUCAAUGAGCUGGUAGAGAACUUUGGCAGGUGCCCCAAGUGGUCUGGGCGGCAGGCCUUCGUCUUUGUCUGCCAGACGGUCAUUGAAGACGACUGCCUCCCCAUGGACCAGUUUGCUCUGCAUCUGAUGCCCCACUUGCUGACCUUGGCCAACGACAGGGUUCCCAAUGUCAGAGUGCUGCUCGCAAAGACAUUAAGACAGACUCUGCUGGAGAAAGACUACUUCCUGGCCUCGGCCGGCUGCCACCAGGAGGCCGUGGAGCAGACGGUCAUGGCUCUGCAGAUGGAUCGCGACAGCGACGUCAAGUAUUUUGCUAGCGUCCUCCCAGCCAGUACCAAAAUCUCCGAAGAUGCCCUGAGCACGGCCUCCUCGACCUACUAGCAAAGCCGGGCCCGUGGUGUCUCUCCUGCCUCCGUGGGCGCUCCCGCACGCGCGACCCGGGCCGGCCUUGGGAAGGAGGCCCCUUCCUCUCUUGCAGACUCAAUCGCAGGUACAAGUUGCCUACACCUGAUGCCAGGGAUGCCAACAGUCAAGAGCAAGUACAGUAAACACUAUUAUCUUAUCUUGACUUUAAGGGAAAAUAAUUUCUCAGAGGAUUAUAAUUGUCACCGAAGCCUUAAAUUCUUCUGUCUUCCUGACUGAAUGAAACUUGAAUUGGCUGAGCAUUUUCCUUGCGGAAGAGAUGAGAUUCCCAGAGACCUGCACUGCUUUCUCCUGGUUUUCUUUAACCACCGAUACAUGAAAUUCUUACAGCCAGCAGGCGGACGCGAAAGAGACCUUCAGUAUUAGCCCUGACCGUCUCCGCCAAGGCAAGGACCUGCCGGGGCGCGGGGCCAGCCGCCCAGCCCUGCCCCGCCCCGCCCCGCCCCGCGUGUGAAUAGUUUUUGACGUGUAUAAAUGGGAAAGGAGAUUUGGAUUUCUCCCAAGGGCUUGAUGCUAACACUAAAGUAGAACCUGAUUUUAACUCUCCGUGCAGCACAUUGCUGCAUGCAUUUACGGAACCUUCGCCGAGUAUCUGUGUCCUGAUGUCUUUCAUGCUGGUCAUGACCUGAAGGAAAUUUAUUAGCACGCGUGUUGUAUGUCAGGUGUUUUUAACUUGAUCAUGAUCAGCUCUGAGGUGCAGCUUUCUUCACACACUGUACAUACCUGUGACCACUCUGGGGAGUGUUGCAGUCCCUAAUCAUGCUCUUUAAAACCGUUGGGGCACAAGUUCUCUUGUCCAAAUAAAAUUUAUUAAUAAGAUCUAUAUAGAGAGAUAUAUACACUUUUGAUUGUUUUCUAGAUGUCUGCAAAUAAAUGCAAUUUGUGACCGGU